CCCUCUCCGUGCCCACAAUGCUUUGCGCGGACGUUGACAAGUGGAUCCAAGAUGGCGUAGAAAGUAAUGACAGGAUUUCUGUCGCUGAGUCAUGGCAGACAGAAGACCAGAGAAGUCAUGUGAACAAGCAUGUGAAUCCCUCAGACAGCAGGAUUACGAGGUGGCGGUGAAGCACUGCACGGAGGCCCUUUUUUCCCUGAGCCAGUACCCUCCUACUUAUUUCCCAGAAGCAUGUCAGGCUGAAAUCGACCGCAUCAAAAUAGAGAGUCUUCUCUAUAGAAUCGCUUCUUCUUUACAACUCAAAAACUAUGGGAAAGCAGAUGAAGACUGUAGGCAUGUAUUGGGAGAAGGUCUGGACAGGGAAGGAGACACUUUCCGUGCAGUGCUUUGCUGCAUGCAUCUUAAAGGAAAACUGCAGGUUGUAUCGAAUGCUCUUUCUAAAUCACUGAUGGGUGAAUCACUGAACGGGAUGGUAACGAAAGAUCUGACAAGGCUCAAAACACUUCUUGUUGAAACAGAGGCAGCUGCUGCUAAAGUACCCUCAGUAUACCAUGCUGAAGAGUUCGAAGAAGGAUCUCAGGAUGGCUGGCAGUUUCGCCCCCCACCCAGGGGAGUUACAAGUAGUGAAGAGUACACAUUAUGCAAAAGAUUUUUAGAGCAAGGAAUCUGCAGGUACGGUGCACAGUGUACUUCAGCACAUUCCCAGGAAGAGCUAACAGAAUGGCAGAAACGAUACGCAUCCCGCUUGAUAAGGUUAAAACAGCAGAAGGAAAACAAACAAUGUUUAGGAAGUUACAUGGAAUCCUUGAUUGAAAAAUGGAUGAAUUCUUUAUCUCCUGAGAAAGUGCUUAGUGAAUGCCUAGAUGGUGUGAGAGUUGAACAUAACCCUGAACUGUCACUUACUGUCACUACCAAAAAAUCACAACAAAUGUGGACAUUUGCUCUUACAUGUAAGCCUGCACGAAUGUUGUAUCGGGUGGCAUUGCUCUAUGAUGCCCAUCGUCCUCAUUUCAGUAUCACAGCAAUAUCUGCUGGAGAUAGCACCACCCAGGUAUCUCAAGAAGUUCCAGCAAAUUGCCAGGAAUGGAUAGGAGGAAAUAUGGCCCAAAAUGGAAUAGAUCACUCUGUGUACAAAAUCAACAUAGCCUUUAGAACAGAAAUUUUUGGGACAUUUCGCCAAACUGUGGUAUUCGAUUUUGGGACUGAACCAGUUUUGAUGCAACGAGUAAUGAUUGAUGCUGCUUCAACAGAAGAUCUUGAAUAUCGAAUGAAUGCACGGCAACAGCUUUUCACUACAGCCAAGCGUUGGGAUUCCACUUCUAAGACUAUUGUAGAAUUUGAGCCAAAUGAGACUACUGAAUUGGAUAAGAGCCUUCUGAUCAGAUACCAAAUUCCUCUGUCUGCUGACCAGCUAUUUACACAGUCUGUCUUGGAUAAGUCAUUGACCAAGAGUAACUAUCAGUCAAGACUACAUGAUCUCCUUUAUAUUGAAGAAAUCGCACAGUAUAAAGAAGUCAGCAAGUUCAACAUAAAAGUGCAAUUGCAGAUUGUAGCAAACUUCAUGCUCACCGGUGUUUCUGGAGGUGCAAAGUAUGCCCAAAAUGGACAACUAUUUGGACGGUUUAAGCUCACAGAAACACUUUCUGAAGACACUUUGGCAGGGCGACUGGUGAUGACCAAAGUCAAUGCUGUUUAUUUAUUACCGGUAACUAAAGAGAAGUCAGUACUGACCCAAGGAACCAAAGAGAAGGUGUAUGAAGCAGCUAUUGAAGAAAAAACAAAAGAUUAUAUCUUUUUGAGAGUAUCCAGGGAAUGCUGUGAAGAACUUAAUCUUCGAGCAGAUUGUGAAAUGCAGGUUGAACUUCAGUUUCAGUUAAACCGCUUACCCCUCUGUGAAAUGCAUUAUGCUUUGGAUAGGAUCAAGGACAACAGUAUUCUCUUUCCAGAUAUCAGCAUGACUCCCACAAUACCUUGGAGCCCCAACAGACAGUGGGACGAACAAUUGGAUCCUAGACUCAAUGCCAAGCAAAAAGAGGCUGUUUUGGCAAUCACAACUCCACUCACAAUACAGUUGCCUCCUGUUCUUAUCAUCGGUCCCUACGGGACAGGCAAAACCUUCACUUUGGCUCAGGCAGUCAAACACAUACUCCAGCAGCACGAGACUAGCAGGAUUCUCAUUUGCACCCAUUCUAAUAGUGCUGCUGAUCUCUACAUAAAGGAUUAUUUACAUCCAUAUGUAGAAGCAGGCAAUCCCGAGGCAAGACCUCUCAGGGUGUAUUUUCGAAAUCGCUGGGUAAAAACUGUCCACCCAGUGGUGCAUCAAUACUGUUUGAUUUCAAGCACACAUUCCACCUUUCUAAUGCCCCAAAAGGAAGACAUUCUUAAGCAGCGAGUUGUAGUGGUUACUUUGAAUACUUCGCAAUAUCUGUGUCAGCUGGAUCUUGAGCCAGGGUUUUUUACACAUAUACUGUUAGAUGAAGCUGCACAGGCAAUGGAGUGCGAGACUAUCAUGCCUCUAGCACUAGCAAAUAAAUACACAAGAAUAGUCUUGGCUGGAGAUCAUAUGCAACUUAGUCCAUUUGUCUAUAGUGAAUUUGCCAGAGAGAGAAAUCUUCACGUCUCGCUACUUGAUCGGUUAUAUGAACAUUACCCUGCAGAAUUUCCAUGCAGAAUCUUGCUGUGUGAGAACUAUCGCUCCCAUGAAGCUAUCAUCAAUUAUACUUCUGAACUUUUCUAUGAGGGCAAAUUGAUGGCAAGUGGAAAACAGCCAGCACACAAGGAUUUCUACCCACUCACUUUCUUCACAGCACGAGGAGAAGAUGUGCAAGAAAAAAACAGUACUGCUUUUUACAACAAUGCUGAGGUGUUUGAAGUGGUGGAACGUGUUGAAGAAUUGAGGAGAAAGUGGCCAGUUGCCUGGGGAAAAUUGGAUGAUGGCAGUAUAGGUGUUGUAACACCAUAUGCUGAUCAAGUGUUCCGAAUUCGGGCAGAGCUUCGGAAAAAGAGAUUGUCUGAAGUUAGUGUUGAAAGAGUGCUAAAUGUUCAGGGAAAACAAUUUCGGGUGUUAUUUCUCAGCACAGUACGAACACGGCAUACAUGCAAACAUAAGCAAACACCAAUAAAACGAAAGGAGCAUUUAUUGGAAGAUUCAACAGAAGAUUUGGAUUAUGGUUUUCUGUCCAAUUAUAAACUUCUCAACACAGCCAUCACGAGAGCACAAUCCCUAGUAGCUGUGGUUGGAGAUCCUAUUGCUUUAUGUUCCAUUGGAAGAUGCAGGAAAUUUUGGGAAAGGUUUAUCGCCCUGUGCCAUGAUAAUGAAAGUCUUCACGGCAUCACGUUUGACCAGAUCAAAGCUCAGCUGGAAGCUUUGGAAUUAAAGAAAACCUAUGUAUUGAAUCCACUGGCUCCUGAAUUCAUUCCACGAGCUCUGCGACAGCAGCAUUCAUCUAACACCAGUAAACUACUGCAAUCUCCCCCCAAGGUGAAAGGCCAUCAUCAUAACCAGAAUGACCAUUUCCAGAAUGACGGAAUUGUUCAGCCUAAUCCUUCUGUCUUAAUUGGAAAUCCUAUCAGAGCAUACACACCUCCACCUCCACCACCGCCUCCUCCUCCUCCACCUCCACCACCACCACCACCUCCUCCUCCUCCUGGGCCUCUUCCCAACCUUGGAAAAUCACCUAGUCCUGUUCAAAGAAUAGAUCCCCAUACUGGGACAAGCAUUCUUUAUGUUCCUGCCGUUUAUGGAGGAAAUAUGGUCAUGUCUGUGCCUUUGCCAGUCCCAUGGACAGGCUAUCAGAGUAGGUUUGCUGUUGAUCCUCGAAUCAUUACUCAUCAAGCAGCCAUGGCAUAUAAUGUGAAUUUGUUACAAGCCCAUGGACGUGGAUCUCCUAUACCCUAUGGUCUUGGACAUCACUCACCAGUCAGUAUAGGACAGCAGCAGCUGCAGAAUUCAGACAAAGAACAACUUGAACAAAAUCGUACCAGCAAAAAUGAAUCUGGCACUGGACCUGAAAUGAAUAAAAUCCGGACACCAGAGAAAAAGCCUAUGGAAACGAAACAGGUUGAUUUAGAAGCAAAUUCCCAAAAUAGAAGCCCGGAGUCACGUUCCAGCGCUGCUUAUCCUAAUUCUAAAUUUCAUCGCAAAGAUAACAUUAACCCCAGGCAGCUGAAUCUUCACCUCACCCCUCCUCAUGCUCAGUACGCUGUUCCUAAUCGUCCCUUCCCGCAAGUUCCCCAAGUCCCGAGACAGCCAUACCCUGUACAACAGCAGCAAAACCUCUUAAGUCAACAACAAAACCAUUUGUCCGAACAGCAAAACCAAAUGCACCCACAACAAAAUCACAUAGUCCAGCAGCAUAACCAUUUAAAUCAACAACCACAACAGCAACCUUCACAGCUUUCCCCUGCCUAUCAAACAGGCCCCAACCAAUCAUUCUUUAAAAACCCAGUUCCACAUAGACCUCAUUCUCCUGGUGUAGAUGCUGUGGUUUCCGAACACCACCCUCCAUCCCUUUUACAAGAUGUCAGUAACCCUCUGAGGCCCAUUGCACAGCAUAACCCAAUGAUGGCACCCCAUAUGAACCACUUCAUCGAAGAAAACCCUCCAGGAAUACCUAUAGGAGAACCAUUAGAUCGUAUUCAUGGAAAUUUAGCUUUGGAAACCUUAAGGCAACAGCAAGCAAGACUACAGCAAUGGAAUGAGCAUAACGCCUAUCUCAGUCAGGGCAAUAUUCCUUAUUCUCACCAUCACCACCCUCACUUAUCCCACCUUUCUCAGCAGCCAAUUGGAUUGCAUCAGCAGCCAGUUAGGGCAAACUGGAAAUUUGCCAACAAUGCAGAAGAUGAAUCUGAGGCAACAUAUUCAAGGUUCCAAGAUUUGCUUCGAGAACUGUCACACCGUGAUCAAAAUGAAAGCAGGGACCUAGUUGAAAUGCCACCACCCCAGUCAAGACUUUUGCAAUACAGACAAGUGCAGGCCAGAAGCCCGCCAGCACUCCCCUUGCCUUCAUGCAACUCAAGCCACAGCAACCACUUUCCUAACUUCUCUGAGAACAGGGACAUUGAAGUAUCCAACAACCCAGCUUUUCAGCAGCAUAUGCCUCAAAUGUAUAAUCCACCUUUUACCAUGCCGUCUGAACACAUAGCCCCACCUCCCCUGAAAUAUCUGCAGCCUGAUGGAUCAUGGACCUAUGCUAAUCUACACCAGAGUCAUCUAAUGGGGCAAGGUUUUCAUUAUGGUAUACCUCCAUUGCCUCAUAGAUCACAACAGAACCCUUUUAUACAAAUGCAGAACCAUCAGCACACGGUUGGUCAGGAACCAUUUCACUCCCUCACUUCGCGAGCAGUGUCUGCUUCUUCGUUACACAGCUUAGAAGAGUAUGAACCAAGAGGACCAGGCAGGCCAUUGUACCAAAGAAGAAUUUCAUCUAGUUCAGCCCAGGCUUGUUCUGAAGAUUUAAACACUCCUCAAGAUGGCCUUGGACAGUGUAAAGAGCUUCAGGACCACAGUAACCCACCCUCUUUCAAUUAUUCAUCACCUGAAAUGUGGGUAAACUCCACUUCAUCAGCCCCAUAUCAGAACAUUCCAUGUAAUGGAUCCAAUAGAGCAGGCCAACCAAGAGAGUUGUUAGUUCCAUCGAAGACUGCCAAAUCCCCCGAGGAACAGCUGAAGGUUGAAAACAUCCAGUUGUCCCCUUCUUUUAAUUACAACGUGCUCCAACAUCUUGGCCAGUUCCCUCCCCUCAUGCCCAACAAGCAGAUUGCUGAGUCCAAUAGCAGCAGCCAGCCAAGCGCUGGCGUCAACAAACCUGCCAUGUCGUACGCAAGUGCUCUGCGGGCUCCCCCAAAGCCCAAAGCCCCUCCUGAGCAGGCAAAAAAGAAUAGCGAUCCUUUGUCUUUAUUUCAGGAACUUAGUCUAGGUAGUUCAUCAGGUAGCAAUGGCUUUUACUCCUAUUUUAAAUAAUCAGAAUAUUUUUGUAGAGAAAUUUUAGUUUCUAUUUGUGUCUGUAGAUUUAGGGUAGUCGGGGCUUCAUCUGCAGUUGCCACCAUUUGUCUUUGUUUAUAUUAGUAAACAUACCUUAGUUUAAUUGCUUUGCUGCUAGACUUGAAUCUAACCUUUUUAAGUUAUGUUCCAUUAUCUUAAUUUUUUUUUCCUUUUUGAUGUGGGUCAGAAGUUUGAAAAAAAAUCUCUAGAAAAACACACUCUUAAAAAAAUUAUGUAACUUUAUAUAUGUGUUGCAUUAAAGCUAGCAGCCGGAAAGUUGAUUGUGCAACUUUAAAAAAAAUAUACAAAAUUUAAAAAAAAGUUGUCUAAAUUGUAUUUAAAAAGAAAUGUAAGUAGCAUUUACAUUUAUUCAAUAACAUUUAGCAUACUGUGCUGGGUUUCUGUACCAGAAAUGGCCAGUCGAUGUACAAAUGUAUGUUAUGUCUGCUUAAAUUGUUUAUUUUUUUUAAAAUAAAAGUGCAGCAGCUUCUAAUUACUUUCACUUUUAUCAGCUUUCUGUGAAGGGAUGCUGCAUUCUAAGACUUUUAUAGUUUUAGAAACUGUAUGGCGUGGCAUAGUAAUCUCCUUUGAUUGUAGGAUAAAGUGAAGACCUUCUUUGCAGAUCCAGACGCCACUGUUAAAAUUUCAAAGUAAAAUGGAAAAACAGUGGUCAGUUAAAAAAAAAACCUACACAUCUUAUUUUUGGACAAGCUGCUAAUUUUAGCUUGUUAGAAAUGUGGAAUUGAUAGGUUUAUAAACAAGAAUCAUGAAAUUAAAACCGAUUUUUGUUAUGUUGGGUGCUUUGUAGUUUAAUAACUAUUUUAAAAAAACUGAGUGAUUUUAGUAAAAUAUUUGGAUCCUGCUCCCAACUAUGCAUGUGUAAAUCGCUUGUAAUCUGGUUUCUCCCCCUCUGGUUUCUUUAGUGGUAUAAAGAACUGUGCCGUUUUAAAUCCUCCCCACCCCCCGUAUCCUUUUGGUAUAUUAUUUGAUGUUUACAUUAAAUGUGACAUUAUACACAGAUAUUCAACUAUUUUGCUAAUUGUUUUGUUUGAGGAACUUCAUUAAAGAAGAUUUUUAUGUUUGUCAAAGCUGUAUCCAAAUUAAUCCAAAUUUUGGGGGAGUAACAUUGUGGGGGAGGGAGGGGGAAGGAGAUGUGCUCUGACAUGGUUGUUUUUAUCUUUGUAUGUUCUGCUGAGGUUUUCCACAAGCCUGGUCUUUUACCACUAUAUAUUGAAAUCUAUAAAGAAUUAUACAGCAAUAUGUAAGAAAAUUUUGGAAAAAAAUAGGGUAAUGUUUACCUUUCAGGUUGUGGUCUUGUACACUGUUCAUACUUUUGAAGUAAGGGAUGUAUCUUUUAUAGCUUCUAUAAAGGCACUUGUCCUCCUUUACACUUGAAAAGAUCUCUUUGAUAGGGGACAUUCAUUACUAUCACCCGUUUAUUUAUUUUGAUUUCCCAUUGUAAGAGUCAAGAGUACUAUUUUAAAAGGUAGUAUCAUUCAUUCUCCCCACAGCUUUGAAAUCAUUGGGAUCGAUGCACAGCCUUUUGCUGAGCUACUGUACUUGCUGCUGUAUUCAAUCCGAUGUUUGCUCUUGUUACAAUCCAUUUAUUCCUGUUGGGUCUUGCAAAAUUGUGAUGGUGAAAAUCUCAGCUUGGCUGAAAUCAAUGUCAUUUUUCUUUUGAUCCUAAAUAGGUCAGGAUUUCACUUAAAUGUUUUUUUCUCUACAAGAUCAGUGCACCCUGUAAUAUUUCAUGGCUAUAGGAGGCAUGGCUCAGAAGUUCAGGGUAAAGAUGUAUAGCUAUAGGGUUAAACCCAGCCAAAGUGAAGGAGAAAGGUCCAGUUCAGUUUUGCCUUUCAUUUGAGCAUUUGGCAUAAAAGCUGAAGGAUUUUCAGUAGACCUUUGGUUGCUGUACUUUGCUGUCACCAAUAACAAUACAAUGGUCUAAGAAUAACAUUCUUCUUGAAUCCCUCUAAAAUAAGCUGUUUCUGAUAGUUAUUAUCCUAAAGUUCUAAGAUGAAAUCCUUCUCCUCAUUACAGCGUGGUAAAAGAAGAGUAUUGAAGGCAGUGAGAGCUAUGUAGACAUAACUUAUGGCAGGAAUGCCGUUCAGGUCCAAGAAAUAUUAUAACCUGUGCAAAAUUAAGAUGACAGGUUAGUUAGAGCUCAGAAGCUGUUGGUCAAGUCAGUACUCUCACUUUAGGAGUUUCAAAAUCACACAAAAUUUGUUCAUGUCAUUUAAACAUUAAACUAAAAAUUAAAACUACAUGUUCAUUUAUUUUAUUCUGUGAGUUGAAGAACAGUCAUUCAUAUCCAACUGCAUUGCUUUUAAACUAUCACACACUAGUAUUUUCAUUGCAGAAACAACUUCCUAAAAACGUUAAAGCACAUUGUUCCUUUUCUCUCUCUUUUCACCUCUUCUAUUACCAUUGUUUAAGUAUGUCUUUUAUCUCAUCAGUAAGUGAAGUUAGAUGCAUACGCCUCCAUUUGGAAGAAUUAUUAUCUUUUCAGAAUUCAGCAAUUAAAGUAAGGUUUCAGUAAGAUGAGGAAGGUGAUGUAGUCUUCAAUCCAUGAUGGAUUUAAACAGACAUAUUGUGGAUUUAGCAGAUUGGUUUUUUGAGGUUUAAAAUAUUUUUCUCUCUCUCUAGAAACAUUAGAGAAUUGACAGCUUCAGAAGUAGAGUUGAUUUUGCAUGGGAAGAAAAGCUCCACAUUUCCGUUUGUUUCUCCAUUCACGUUAGACCUUAGUUUUAUUGCCCUGUUUUCAAACUGCUAGUAUGUAAUUAUACUUACACUAGGGAUUUUUUUUCUUAUAAUCAAAUCACAACCUUUUCAUUGAUUUCCGUCAUGGUGGAAUUGCCAUCGUCAGUGGAUUGUUCUAUUAAUAAAGGCUUUAUUAAUGUGUUGUGAAUGACUGUAAAAUAAUACUCCAUUUUUACAACUCAAUUGUUGGAGCUGGUACAUACUUAAAAUGUGGGCCUUGUUUAUGCCAAAUUUAUAAUAUAGUUUUAAUGUUCCACAUCUCCUCAAAAGUAAUAAGAUUUUCCAUCCUUAUUUCAUUUCAUGUUUUCAGGAACGGAAUAUAUUAUUUUCAUGGGAACAAGCAUUCAUGUCAUCGAUCAAUGCAUUUAAAGAGGAUACAUUACUGAAGCUAGAAGGCAUAACCUGCUCAAAGUCAGUAAUGUUUGAAAGAAAAGGCUACUUUGUCUUUGACAUGUGAACCAUGUUGGUUGUCCUUAUAAUGAAUAUCUUAGCUAGAAUAUUUUUUUUCUUUUCUUGUAGCUGAAGGAGCAUUCAGUCUUGUAAAUUUUAGAAUGAUGUAACUGAGAAAUUCUGCAUACUGUGACAUGAACCUAGAAAACUAGAUGGUUCCUGAUGCUAGGACAAUUUAACUUGUGAACCUCAUUUAAUUGUAUUAUGGUGUUGGGUACACACUGGAUUCUACAUGCCUCAUUUUUUUCUACCUCUGUUUCCUUGCCCAGUAGCUGUGUACUAGUUAGCUAAUGACGAAAUUUCCCUUUGGUGGCUUAACUGAUCUAGAUUUAUCAAUAUACCCUGCCAGAUCAUUUUUCAGUCAACUUCCCCUUUGCUCACUUCCUAAAAUGUUUUUGCCAGUGAUUGAAAAUCCCAAUACAAGACUUGUUGGGCUGUCGAAAGGUUUUCACAUUAAGUGCUCGCCAUACCUUCAUGAAGGACAUCCCAGAUGGUACAGAAUUUCCAUUUUUGUUGCGAUUUAUCCUCAGUAAAUUAGAAUGUACUUUCAGGUAUGGAAACACUCUUAGUGGUACAUUACCACUGUGAUCUCAGAUCCUAAAUGUGUGUAUGGCAGUUCAUCACUUAAUGCAGCCUUCCCCAACAUGCUGUUGUCCAGGUCUUUGGGACUUCAACUCCCACUUUCCAUGAUCAUUGGCUGUGCUGAGGAGAGCUGUAGCCCAGUGGUGUUAUAUGUACUUAUUGGGAAUAGAUAGAGGGAUUCAUCAUAUUUUAUGGAAAUUGUGUAACAAAUGACCCUAGAUUUUAAGAGAUUCAAAGUCUGGAGAACAGAGAAAGCCAUGGGAAAAAUAUAGAACUUCUCAAUUAAUAUGCCCAAUGUUUUGUAUAGUCCUAACAUUUAUUCUAGGGGUGUAUGUGUGUGUGUUCCUAUAAUGAAUUUUACUUACGUACACACACUCUGUCAGAACUCUGAGCUAUUUAAGGCACAUCUGAAAAGUUUCAGUAGAAGUUGGAUGGUUGUAGGACUCAAAUAGCUGCACACAUCUUCUCCUUUAACAUUUGCUUCUACCCUUUGGUCAUUUGCCAGAGGAAGUAUAGAGAACACAGUAUUGAAACAUCACUAGCCAUAACUUUCCUUACUUUCACCCAUUUCAUAUUUUGCACAGCGCUGGGUUUCUUAGCUAGCCUGUAUUAUUGCACCAAAGCCUGCAAAUCCCAACCUUACCCCAUGCCCCAAAAUAUGAGCAGGGAAGCAGUGUGUGGUUGGAGAAGCUGGCCAAUAUCAGAUUCUAAUCAGUGUACUGUAUGUGUUUGUGUUGCAUCACUUACUAAACAACUAUGAACAAGACAGGCGACACUUGGGAGCAUCAGAUUUUCCUUGUAGUCUUAUACCCCAAGCAUUAUACUGCUAUAAAUUCCUGGUUAUGAAGGCCCCAAGUUGCUUUAACUAAAUAAAUAACAUGAAUUUGUGAGAACGUGUGCUAAUAGUUCUGGAUCUAAUAGUGUAUCCAUCACAAAAUGUAUAUGCAUUUGAUAUAUGUGAAAAACUUUGUUAACUGGCACAGCACUAUAGCUUUAGUAGAGUCACUUGACUUUUGAUCCAUCUUUAUACAAUAUUGGUUUCUCUUAGGAUCCAGCUUUAAAUGGAUUAAAAUUAAUGAAUAAGUAAAGGAUAGAUUUGAGUGAUAAGGUGAAUUUUGGAUCUGCUUCAUGUCCUAUUCAGAUGAGUAGAAAUUUUCCAUUCAGACAGGUCAUUCCCUCUAGAUGGGCAUUGCAUUUCUUUUUUCAUGCAGAAUUGAUAUCUUACCAGUUUUAUUUUAUUAGUCAUUGUUUCAGAGUGAUUCAUCUUGCUUUUGCACUAUUCUGUUCAUGCGUAGUGCCUAUUCAUCUUUCCAUAUCUAUCUGAUAAUGGCCAUUGUUAGUCCGAUGUGGAAAUGCUCACAAUUUUUUUUCUUCUGAUACUUAGACAUCACAUAAUAUCACAUUUUAUGUGUGGUUGAUUUUUUAAAAAUGGUCCAUUUCGCUUCUUGAAACAUGCAAUCGCCAACUGCCCUGGGAUAUUUUUAAGAGGCAAAAUUUCUCUUUUGCCACAAUACAUCCUGGGUGUUUUUUGCCCAGUGUUAAAUAUAAUAAACCUUUAGUGAUCUACCCAAUAAUAAUUGUUCUACCUCUGGAGUCAGCCUUUGUUAAAAUGGAACUGAUUUUUAAUGAUCUAUGGACAUUGGAGACAGAUAAAAAUGUCUACACAAGAGUCUGCCAUUAGAAGUCAGUACUUGAGCAUUAGGCUGUCCCUAUGAUUAUCAUAUAAAAGCCAUUUGAAACCUGUUACUGCAUGCAACCCAGGGCUAAUGUGCAAAACUAUAGCCCAGUUUCAACAAUCAGCAGGAUUCAAUGUGAUCAUUUGUGGACGGGCACAAAGUUGCUAAAGAAUUUAGCUACCUAGCAUAUAUCAGGUGGAGGUGCCAUGUGGGUCCUAUGCACAUGGACACUGUGAUUUGCACUACAAUUACGACUCCGAAGAAACUAACUAUGACUGAAACAUAUAUAGGCCCUAGCACUUUAUGCAAGCGGUGCCUCCAUACGUCUCCCAGCAGCUUGUAAACUCAUACAUACAUCUACGGGUUGUCAUGUGGGAACAAAACGUCCUGCUUGAAAAAAAUUGGAUGCAAAUAUGGACAUAAGUAUAUCUUAAAGCUCCAGAUGUCCUUCUAAAAGGCAUUGUGUCUAUCCAGAUGGCAAUUUCCACCGUAAGUUGAAUUCUGAACUUAGAGUGUGAGAGAAGCUACCACAAAAGAAAGAUAGCUUUUAGCUCAAAGUCGUGUUUUUGUUGCCCAACAGAUAUUGGCCUGUGAGUUGCCAUAUACACAGACCCUUUGAUUCCUACCUACCCCAUGGACUUGUAAGGAUCAUCAUCCAUAUUCGAACUGUUAGUAUCAAGUUGUGCUGUAUCAGCACAACUUGCUUUAAAAUGUCCAUCCUGAAGUGAUCCUAUGGGAUUGCUUAUGUCUCCGGUGUGUUUUCCCAUCUUCUCAUAUAUGUUAUCCAGGUCUGUGAUUGAUCCGCCAUCCCAUUUAUUGCAGUGCCCUGCAUUCUAAGUAACUUGUGCUUUGCUCGCAUAAUAAUCUGCCUUGAGUAACACACCCAAAAGUUCACUCUACUUAUUCUUUUUGCUCCCAAAGCCAAAUUUCUGCCACCCACAAACUAUUGCUCUAGCCAGGAAAAAAUGGAAAGGUUGGACCUGCAGUGUGUGGCCCUGAUGUACAAUUAUGCAAAGGUAAACCCCAUUGAUUUUAAUGAGACACAAGUGCUUGUAACUGUGAACUAUGGGUGAGAAGGAACAACUUGAACUAAGAUCUGCGUAUGAUUGUGUGGUGAAAUUCACCUUUAAUGUUGUGUGGAUCUAUUAAUAAAAUAAAAAAAGUUAGUGCAAAUGGUCUGUUUUAAAGUCGUUAUACAAAUCUCUAAAAUCCCAUUAUUUCAGAGGCAAGACUACAUCCUUGCUAACAGAAAUGAAACUGUUGUGUUUGAAACAAUACCAUAGGUUAAGUUAGAAAAGAAAAUGGCCUUAUAUAUUAAAGUCAGUACUUCUAGUAUUAGCAGAAACUCCAGAAUGUAGUUCAGAAGAGCUGCAAAGCACCAAGAGUGGUCUAACUCUUUCACCAAUGAAAUUGAAUUAAUUGUCUACUAGUGGUCCAGAUUGCUAAAUCCAGAAGGUGCUUUUCAAUUGUUUCAACAACCUUUGUGAUUUCUUGUAAACUGCGUUGAGGAUUGGGGUCUUAACAGUAUCUAUCUUCAAGUGUAAUGAUUGUCUUGGUGCACUCUUUAUUUUUAAAAAUUAAUGGUAACACAAAAUGUAUUUUACUGCUACAUUUAAGAUGUAUUUAUAAUAAAGAUGCCUUUUUAAUAAAUACUAUUGCAAUUUA